CUGCGGGUUAUGGCCCAGUUACUCUUUGUAUACUUCUUUUUGGUAUAAAAGCCUCGAAAAUUUAUUGAAUUGACAUCAGUUCAUUACGCUCCAUUGCAAAGAACAAUCUUCAACAAAUCAAUCAAAAUGAAAUUCCUCGUCUGCUUGGCUCUCUUCAUCGCCGCUGCUAGCGCUCAUGUUGUAGCUCCUGCUUACACCACCUAUGCUGCCGCUGCUCCAGCCUAUACCACUUAUGCUGCUGCUGCCCCAACAUACACUGCUUAUGCUGCUGCUCCUGCCUACACUAGCUAUGCCGCUGCUGCCCCAGUCUACACCCGUUCCGUGUACUCUGCCCCAGCCUACACCACCUAUUCUGCCCCUGCCGUAGUUGCCGCUCCAGCAGCCGCUGCUGUUGUUGCCCCAGCUGUGCCAGCCGUCUACACCUCUUUGUUGAAGAAGAAGUAAAUUCUUUGAGAUUGGAAUGAGUAUAAAUACGAAACGAAAUGAAAGUGAUCGCUAAUAUUUUUGGACUCUUGAUUUUGGAUAAUGAAUAAAAUAAAACAAACCAAA